AUGUCUGUAAAGAAAUUGUUGAACCAGUCUCUCCUGGCAAACCGUCGCAGCGUCGCCCGUCUGCUGCUGCGCCUCCAGGAGGAGAACCUGCAGCAAGAGAACCUCCUCCGUCUGCACUGGGAGGACUGCCUGAACCGCUGGAAGAGGACCAGAGUCACCCAGGUUAUAGACCGCUUCAGUGGGAGUCUCUGCAGCAGUGAGGAGGAGCCGCUGCUCUCGGCUCUGCUGCUUCAGAAGGGGAAACAGCACCUGACCAAACAGCGAGAGGACAUCCUCUACAGCACCUGUUCUCUGGUCCCGCCCUCCUGCUCCACUGUCCUGGUCUCUGAUUGGUUCAACCAGCUGAGAGCUGUCAAUCAACAGAUCGACACUCUUCACACUGACUUCCUGCAUCAGCUGCGUUGUUGUUAUGAACAGAGGUGGCAGGAUCGACUGGCUGAGGUGGAGAGCUAUGAGGGGGCGCUCUCAGCUCUGCAGCUCUCAGAGCAGGAAGUGAGUGACCUCAUCAACUCUCAGCUCCUCACUCUGAUUGGAAGAAGCCAAAGUCAGGUUGAAGAGCGAUUGGCUGCUUUAGAGCGCUGCAGUGACUCUGCUGCCCGUCGUGCUCUCGGUCUCAGCAGGUGUUUGUUUGUUGUGAUGCGAGGGGCAGCGUUGCUAUGGGAGAAGCACAGCCGCAGGUUAGAGACCAGAGAAGAAGAAAUAAAACAACACCUGGAGGACCUGCGACGCUCACAGCAGCGAAACACACAGAAGAAGAAGGUGCAUCUUGACGACCUGCUGGGGGCGCUCCGUCAGGGGAGCAGCGAGGACGCUCUGAAGACCAGCCUGGAGAGGUGUGUCCAAUACCUGCAGGAUGUCAGACACAGCUGCAGACAGUGUGUCUCUGAUCAGGGGGAGGUGUUGGAGCGUCUCCCCCCCCGGCUCCUAGAGGAGCUCCUCUCCUACAGCAGCAGCGUCAGCUCCUUCUUCCACCUCAAACACACCUACACACCGAGUCCAGAAGACCUGCAGGACCUCCUCCCAUCAUACUGCGCCCCCCCCACCCCGGAAGCCAGUGAGGGUGCUGACAACAGGAAACCAGACAAUCAUCCAAUCAGCUCUGAGAACCACACACACCCCGCCCAGCCCUCCCAGGAUUGGCUGACUGAGGCUGAGUCCUCUCUGAUGGAGUUCUGGGACCUCAGCAGUUUUGUUACAUUUACAUCAGCGAGGGGCGUGGCCUACAGUGGUCCUGCCUUCAGAUGCCCCGCCCCUGACCUCGGGGGGGAACCUCAUCUGAGCCUGUUUCCUGCAGAGCUGCUCACACACGCUCUUAGCGGGUACACACAGUUGUUCUUGGAUCACCUGGAGCAGCGUUUCCGUGACGUCCUGAGCUCGGCGGUUGCCAUGGUAACAGAAAGGAAGGAGGCGCUACGCACAGAGCAGGAAGUCCUCCUGCAGCAGCUACACCCCCAACACAUCGAGACUCACAUCUACCUGCCCCGCCUGGCUGAGCUGCAGCUCCACAGGCAGCAGGUGGAUGCUCACUGUGAGGAGGUGAGGGAGGUGUUGUCCUCCUGCCGGGUGGAGCUGCAGGAGCUGCAGGCCUCCGUCAGUCGGAGGAACCAGGAGCUCUCCGUCCGUCUGUCCAGCAUGGAGGGGGACGUCCUGUCAGCAGACAGCAGCCCCCGGCUGCUGGCUGUGAGCUCCACCCUGCAGGACUGUCUGGAUAGACAUAUCAAACACACUCAGCGCAGUCAGACCUCCUGCAGACAGACGGUUCAGUCCCGACUGCAGGAGGUCAGGAGCAGAACGGCACAGCUCCUCACUUCAUUCAGGUUGUUCAGUGAAGGAGGGGAUUUUGCUCCUCAGGAAGUGAAGGUGUUUCAGAGGAGGCUGAAGGAGGAGACCAAGCACAUCAGUGCCACAGAGGAGUCCAUCUCCUCCGAGCUGGAAGCGCUCGAGUCCCAGAGUUUACAGCAGCUGAAGGAGGCGUCCAGGAGUUUAGAGGAGAAACUUUCCCUCCUGAAGUCUGAGGUGGAUUUCAUCGAGAAGAUCCAGAAAAUCAUCUGCAGCACACAAGUUCACAUCAAGGCUGAGGGAGCCAGCAGUAACCAGCAUCACUCGGCCAUCAGCAGCAGGUUGGAAGAUCUGAAGAGGAUGUUGGAGAACACACAGGUGUCUCCAGAUCAGGUGUUGUCCCUUCUGUCAUCAGUGAAUGACAAAGUCAGGAAGCGCUGUCAGUACCUGGACAUUUCAGCGGGAGGCCUCUCGGCUCGUCCUAAAUCCAGAGAGCAGGUCCACUCAACCCCCCCUCUUGGUUUGCUGCAGACCAGCAGGACAGGUGUGGACCUCCUCGAUGACACUGUUGUGGACAUCAUCCGGUCCCUGCACAGGUUCUGUGAGGUCCGAGACUGUGGAGCCGUGGAGCGAGAGGAGGGAGGAAGCACAGCUGCUGCAGGGCAGAUUCCGCUCCAACGGAGAUGUGCCGAGUCUGUCAUGGCACCAAGGUCCAUCCUGACUGAAAGAAAGUUCCAGGUUUUUGGACCAGAACCAGAACAGAACCCACACUCCUUCCCCUCCACUCUGAACUGUGUGUUGUGGAAAGCCAACAGCGCCCUCCUGCAGGCGGCCGAGGACUUCUACCAGAGCCAGCGUCUCAGCAGGUUCCUCCUGGUACCUGAAAGUUUGGACCAAUGGGCAGAGAGCAUGCAGCAGAGGCUGCUGGGAUACCAUGAACAGAGCAGGAGGUUUCUGAGAGCCAGCAGAAAGGAGGUGGUGUCCCAGCUGUCUGUGUUGGAGGAGCUGCUUCCUUCAUUAGCAUCAGUUUUAAUCAGUAACCAUGAGCAACGUCAGGGGGCGGGUCUUAGGGAGGACAUGAGCAGAGUCAGACUCAAGCUGAUGGAGAUGCUGGCAGCCAGCGAGGAGGAGAAGCGUCUGAACAUCCGUCAGCUGCGAGGGUCUCUCAGGGACGACGAUCUUCAGACUCUGAGCAGCAGAGAGGAGCUCAGGCAGCAGCAGCUACACAGCAACAUCUGCUGCAAACACCUGGAACUGCAGGUGUGUUUGAGAGUCCGAGGGGAAGAGUUUGUGACAUCACUGGCCUCUCUGACAGAGCAACUGCUCUCACAACUGGACAAGCAGGUCUCAUCUGAAGGAACUUCACCUGAAGUACCCAUGGCGCUACACCAGCGCUCUGACGUUGGCACCGUUACCGUGGAAACAGCCAGCAGGGUUUGGCCUGGGAUCACCUACCUGUUCCCCCCCACCAGCUGCACACCUGAGCCCCCAUCAUGUGUUACCACGGCAACAACAGCCGCCAUCACCACCACCAGGUGCACCCUGGGACAUCUUACUGUCAUCGAGCAGAGAGACGCUGCUGUAGAGAGGUUCGAGCAGCUGUUUAGGUCGGAGGCGUGCCUUGCAGACACCGACCAGCGAAGAAGACUGAGUGAACUACAGCUCUGGAACACACACUGGAGACAGCAGAUACACACCAUAACACACACACACUAUUAAACAAGGCUUUAUUAUAUGGAUACACAUAUCUGCUGAAUAAAAGCAUGAAGUUCA